AUGGCAUGUAAUAACAUUCUCCUAGAAUUCCAAACAAGACUCACAAACAAGCAAAUCCUAUAUCCCAACAUGCAAACGAUAGGUUAUUUAAGACUAGUCCAGCAUACCUCGAAAAACGAUUACAAUCCCCAAAAGGCAAAUGCUGCACAUGAGGAAUUACGAAACUGGUUUGUGUAUUACUGUCCACAGUGUUCUAUUAAUGAGAUACUCUCGUAUUGGGAAUUAUACUCUAUAGUGGAUGAGAUUAAAAAAUCGAGACCGCCGCUCAGAGAUGAAGUGUUUGACUCGCAUGUUACUCCUCAGAAGAUAUGGAUACAGAUAGAUACUGUAAGAAAAAUAGCUAAAGUAAGUUUAUCAUUUUUUCAUCUCAGACAUAGGUACCUUGCCAUUAAUGAACAAAACAGACUCUUAGGAGCAAAAGCCAAGCCCGAAGUCGAAAUGGAAGAUUCUAUACCUAUUUUCCAACGUUUUUCCCUGUUUAUGAAACAAAGCAUGAUUCCACUUUCUACUCUCCCAUCUUGGUAUUAUCCCAGACCUAAAAAAGCUAAAGAUUUCACAUGGGAACAGGCAGCUGAACUUUUACUUUGGUGUCAGAAAUAUACACCAAACUUAUCUCUUCCCGAAACGCCAGUGUAUCCAAGAGAUCUAGGUGAAGCCAUAGCAUCUGGUAUAGAGCAUGUGAUAAGUACCCUUGAACGCAUUAAGCAGCGUUUGACGACAGCUCUUGAGGAAAAUGCCGAGAUACCUAUCAUUUACCAUGAAGACAAGCCCAAGGAAGAAGUCAACGAUAACGCAGAUACCACCACCUAG